GCAGCUACUCUCGCGAUGUCGCGUAUCAACGCGUUCAAUUGCCGUGACGAACAUCAAAUAUUGUCGGUGCACAGCUGCCAGGCUUGGUUGUGGCAUCCUUCUCCACACGGUCAGCUACAAACCAUAAACAAAAUGACAAGGGGAAAUCAGCGUGACCUUGCUCGUGCUAAAAAUGCCAAAAAGCAAGGUAAUGACAAGGGAAAGAAGGCAGAUGAUGGCAUGUCUGCAGCUGCGAGGAAGCUUAGGGAUGCAGAGAUAAUGCAACAGAAGCAGAAAAAAGCCAGUGACCCGAAGCCGAGUGACGAGAAAGCCAAAUAGCAGGAUACAGAACCUAAACUACGAUUCUCAAGAUGUUACCUAGGGUUUUUUUUUUGGCCCAUGCUCUGGGGUACAAAACCAGUUUAAUUUUGUGGUUGUACUGUAGUUUGAUAAAUUAAUGGUUUUGAAUGACUAAUGCUUAAGCCUAUUUCAAAAGGUCUAAUGUUAAAUCAGUAUUUACAAUGUAAAGAACAAGAAAUUCAGACUCCACAACAAUCCUGUAUUUUUGUAUUCCCUCCUAGAUUUUAAAUAACGCAACUAGUGGUUUUGUUUAUUCUUACUUUUUAUAUUAAGGAUUGGCAUAUACAGUGCUGAUGAAAUUAAAGGAUUUAUUCGAACAAAUUAUAAUUCACCUGUACAGAAUCUUUAAUCAAUAAAAAUACAAUUAGCAAACAUGAAAUAAAGCACCAAUGUAAAAUGUGA